AUAUAUACACAGCGGGAUCGCAUCGUGGGCUCAGCCAGCCAGUCAUCGACCGGCGUCGAAAACCAAGCCAAGUUGCUACCAAGCUAGCAUAGCAAUGGAGGAUCACUUCGGCCGGAAGAUAUCCAGGGAGGAGGAGGCGGCCGUGAAGCCGACCAAGAGCUUCCGGUACGAGGACUACAGCACCAGGCGGGUGUUCCUGCGCAGCUACCCGCUCCAGUGGGAGUCGCCGGCCCCCGGCGGCGACGGUAAGCCGGGGCAGGUCUACGCCACCGCCGAUGAGGUGGGCGAGGACCGGUGCGACAGGAGGUGGGUGGUGGCGGUGGUGGAGUGGGGGGAGGACAAGCUGCUGCUGCUCAGGAGGGCCAAGAAGAGGCUAGCGCUCUACCUGCUCGGCUGCCACUACGGCAGCGGCCGCCCUGCGCUCAAGUACAAGUCCGGCGGCUCCUGCACCACCGCCAUGCUCAAAUCCAUGUGAUCGCUCGCCGCCAUGGCGGGCAGUUAGCCCCUCUCUCCAUGCUGCUUUGUUCCUCUGUUUUGUGAACGGAUGAUCGCUGAUCGAACUGAUGAAGUACUCCUUGUAUCUAUGUGUGUUACUACUACGUACAUCUAAUAAUGAUUUGUAUAGGUGAUCAAAGUUUCAUGUAUAUAUCGUCUUGUGGAGUCUUUCUUAUA